CUUCUCGUUGUGUGUCGGUGUUCAUUCCGUUGAAAAAAAAAUACAGAAAGGGGGAACGCCAUAACGAAACGGUUACCCUGUUAGUUUUUCAUUACGACAGCGUCCAGAAUGAUGUUAACCGAAGUAACGCAGAACAAUCGACUCUGAAAACGCCUGAAGUUAAACUGCUCCCCUGUCAAUUAAUCAAAGAUACUGGAAAUCAGUUGAGGAUUUGAUGUUCAGGAAUGUUCUGGGAUCUGCCCGAUUUCUAAUUCGAAUUGCAAACCCCUUGAAAAUGAGUACUGAGAAUGGAGGCGGCAAUGUCGCCAAGAAGAAAACCAUCGAGGGAAUUUACCAGAAGAAAUCCCAACUGGAACACAUUCUCCUUCGUCCCGACACCUACAUCGGUUCAGUUGAAUUUGUCCAAGAGCAAAUGUGGGUCUUCGACAAGGAGAAAGGCACGAUGGUUCAACGUGAAAUUAAGUAUGUACCAGGUCUCUAUAAAAUAUUCGACGAGAUCCUGGUGAACGCUGCUGACAACAAGCAGAGAGAUGCCAACAUGAACGUAAUAAAAAUCGACAUUGACGCCGAAAACAACACGAUUUCAGUCUGGAACAAUGGAAAGGGCAUUCCCGUAGCCAUUCACAAAGAGGAGAACAUGUACGUCCCCACCCUGAUCUUUGGACAUCUUCUCACCUCUUCAAACUACGACGAUGAAGAAGAAAAAGUCACUGGAGGUCGUAACGGUUAUGGUGCGAAGCUCUGCAACAUCUUCUCACAUCGUUUCACCGUCGAAACCGCUUCAAAUGAAUUCAAGAAGUCCUUGAAACAAACCUGGGGUAACAACAUGGGAAAGGCCUCAGAGCCACGAAUAAAAGAGUUCUUUGGUGAGGACUUCACCAAAGUCACCUUUUCCCCAGACUUGAAGAAAUUUAAAAUGGAUAAAUUGGACGAUGACAUAGUUGCUCUCAUGUCCAGAAGAGCUUACGACGUUGCUGCAUCUGCUCGAGGAGUGAAAGUUUUUUUAAAUGGCACAAAAAUCCCAAUCAAAUCGUUCAAGGACUAUGUGGACUUAUAUAUCAAGGGAAAAGAAGAUGACACUGGGAAUCCUCUGAAAAUUGCUUACGAGAACUGUGGUCCUCGCUGGGAAGUUGCUGUCACACUUUCUGACAAAGGAUUUCAGCAAAUGUCGUUUGUCAAUUCAAUUGCUACGACUAAAGGAGGACGACAUGUUGAUCACGUGACUGAUUUAAUUGUUAAAAAUCUCUUAGAGACUUUGAAGAAAAAGAACAAAGGGGGAAUUACUAUUAAGCCUUUUCAGAUAAAAAACCAUCUCUGGGUCUUUAUCAAUUGCUUGAUUAAUAACCCAACAUUUGACUCUCAAACUAAGGAAAACAUGACACUUCAAGCUAAAUCGUUUGGAUCAAAGUGUCCAAUCACUGAUAAAUUCGUGGGUACAGUUACGAAAAUUGGAAUUGUAGAGUCAGUUUUGUCAUGGGCCAAGUUCAAGGCAGACUCUCAAUUACAGAAAUUGGGACCCAAGUCUAAACAAAGGAAGUUACAGGGAAUUCCAAAGCUUGAAGAUGCCAAUGAUGCUGGAACUGCUAAGUCAAUGAGCUGCACUCUGAUUCUGACUGAGGGAGACUCUGCCAAGUCUAUGGCAGUGUCCGGAAUGGGAUCAAUUGGUCGAGACAAGUAUGGAAUCUUUCCACUCAGGGGUAAAAUUCUCAAUGUUCGAGAAGCUACCCAUAAACAGAUCCUUGAAAAUGCAGAGAUUAACAAUUUGAUCAAAAUUCUGGGGCUCCAGUACAAGAAGAAGUACGAAACUGUCGAUGAUAUGAAGACGUUGAGAUAUGGAAAAGUCAUGAUCAUGACUGAUCAGGAUCAAGAUGGUUCUCACAUCAAGGGACUCCUGAUCAAUUUCAUUCAUCACAAUUGGCCUUCACUUCUUAGGCGCGACUUUGUAGAAGAAUUCAUUACUCCAAUUGUAAAAGCAACUAAGGGCUCCCAAGUAUUAUCAUUUUACUCAUUACCCGAAUUUGAAGAGUGGAAAAAAGAGACUGCAAAUUUCCACACGUACUACAUAAAGUACUACAAAGGUUUGGGUACUUCUACUGCUAAAGAAACUAAAGAGUAUUUUGCAAACAUGGCAAGGCACAGAAUUAGGUUCAGGUACGAUGGAGAGCAGGACGAUCAGAAUAUCAUAAUGGCUUUCAGCAAGAAGUGUGUAGAGCAGAGGAAAGAUUGGCUGACGAAUCAUAUGGACGAGACGAAGAGAAGAAAGGAGGUGGGACUUGGUGAGAGGUUUCUGUAUCAGAAAGACACACGUGCUGUUUCCUUCUCGGACUUCAUUAAUGUUGAGUUGGUGCUUUUCAGUAAUUAUGAUAAUGUCAGAUCGAUUCCUAGCAUGAUUGAUGGGUUCAAGCCUGGACAGAGAAAGGUGCUCUUCACUUGCUUCAAAAGAAAUGAUAAAAAAGAAGUGAAGGUAGCACAAUUGUCUGGUUCUGUUGCUGAACACUCUGCCUACCAUCAUGGAGAGAUGUCACUGACGACAACUAUCAUCAAUCUCGCUCAGAACUUUGUUGGCAGCAAUAACAUCAAUCUGUUGAUGCCCAUCGGUCAGUUCGGUACCAGGGCGCAAGGGGGGAAAGACUCUGCUAGUGGUAGGUACAUUCACACUCGGCUCAGUUCACUAGCAAGAUUCAUCUUCCAUAAACAUGAUGACGCUUUACUCAAGCAUGAGUAUGAUGAUCAUCAGAAGAUUGAGCCUGUUUUCUAUAUUCCCAUUAUACCAAUGGUAUUAGUUAAUGGAGCUGAUGGUAUUGGGACUGGCUGGAUGACAAAAAUUCCUAAUUAUAAUCCCAGGGAGAUUAUUGAGAAUUUGUACAGAAUGAUGGACGGCGCAGAACCGAAACCUAUGAUCCCGUAUUACAAGAACUUCAAGGGGACUAUUGAGAGCUGUGGAGAAUACAGAUAUGUAAUCUCAGGUGAAAUCUCAAUAAUUGGUCCCGACAAAGUAGAAAUCACAGAGUUGCCCGUUGGUUGUUGGACGCAGACUUACAAAGAAACAGUUCUCGAGCCAAUGCUCCAUGGAUCAGACAAAGCACCAGCAUUGAUCACAGAUUUCAAAGAAUAUCAUACAGACGUUGAUGUCAAAUUUAUCGUGACUCUACCGCGAGACAAACUCCAAGAACUCGAGAGAGAAGGUCUCCACAAAGCCUUCAAACUUCAGACGACAACAUCAAUCACUUCAAUGUGCGCCUUCGAUGAAGCCCAGUGUCUCCAGAAAUACGAUGGAGUCUUGCAAAUUCUAAGGGGCUUUUAUAAAGUACGAAUGGAUGCCUACAUCAGGAGAAAAGAAUAUCUCCAAGGAAUUCUGAAGGCUGAGGUCUCGAAACUCAGCAACCAAGCACGAUUCAUCGUGGAGAAGUGCGAUGGAGACCUUAUUAUUGAGAAUAAGAAGAAGAAGGACAUGAUUACUGAGCUCGUCAGAAAGAAUUAUGCUUCUGAUCCAAUUGUUGCUUGGAAAUUGGCACAGAAUAGAGUAGAAGUCUUGGAACAAGAAGAAGAGGUAGCUGAAAAUCAAGAGGGGGAUGAGCCGGUGCCAGCCUCUGCCAUCGAGAAAGAGAAUUACGACUAUCUGUUGGGAAUGACGAUGUGGUCGCUCACGAAAGAGCGAAAAGAUGAACUUUUGAAACAACGAGACAUAAAAAUUAGUGAGCUGCAGCGUCUGCAGGCAAAGUCACCGCCGGGUCUCUGGAAAGAGGAUCUAGACGCUCUGAUGGUGGAGCUCGAUCGAGUUGAGGCUAAAGAACGUAAAGAUGAGGAGAAACCCAUGGGAGGAGUGAAGAAAACUGCUGCUAAACCACUCUACAAAGUAGACAACUCUCGUCGUAUUGUUCCCACAAUCGACAAUGAUCUCAAAAAACGAAUUGAGAAAGCAGACAUUGUAUCCAAGGACAAGAAAGACGGAAUAAAGAAAGCUCCACGAGGGAAGAAAGAGAAAGAGGCGAUAAAAGAGGAGAAAGACGAGUUUGACGCUCUAGUGGAGUCCAACGCAAAGUCCCUGGAGGAUAGACUAGGCACAAGCCCAGAUAAAACUGAUAAGAAGAAGAAAAAAGGAGGUGGAAGGCAAACAACACUGCCCUUCAAGCCAAUUGACAAAAAGAAGAAGAAAAAAUCAAGAGGAAGUGACGAGAGUGAUGAGAGUGAUCCGGACAUUGAUUUUGACACUUUAUCACCACCUCCACCACCUAGAACACCAAGGCGAGCAGCUGCUGCUAAGAAGAAGUACAAUUUGGAUAGUGAGGAUGAGAAGAGUAGUGAUGUCGAACUGCUGAGUGAUGAUGAGGAUAAAAAACCUUCGUCUGCUGCCUCUUCUGCUCCUGCAGCAUCUUUAUCACUUUCAACUGGUAAAGGUAAUGAUAGUGACUCUGAGGAUGAUUUCAAGUUUGAUAAGAAAAAUCCAACACAUAAACCAAGUUCUGAAGAGCUUUUUGAUUCAUUGGUUGGAAAUACACCUAUCAAGUCUAGUGGAGAUAAAGUUAUGAGUUCUAGUGAUGAUUCACCCAUUGUCAAACCUCCGGCAAAGAAGGCAAAAAGCGGUGGGGGGAAAAAGAAAGAGAAUGGGGGACCUAAGGGAAUGAAGAGGCCUAUGAAGAAGGUGAACUCGUCUGAUGAGAGUGAUGACGACAUUUAUGAGGCAAGAGGGAAGAAGAAGGCGAGGAAGAGUGAGAGCUUCGAUGAUAGUAUUGUGGAUGAUUCUCCCCCACCGAGAAAGGCUGGAGGAAGGGCUAGAAAAGCAGUUUCCUACGCCGUGGACUCGGAUGACUCAGAUUAAGGGAUUUAGAAUUAGUUAGGUUUACUUCUGUAGUGGAGUGGUGGAGAAUGAAAGGUCAGUUUAUUUUGCGAAUAUCUCGCAAAGUAAUGGAUCGAGGAAAAAAUGUCAAAAAGCUAUUUAAGCUUUCCACUCCACUACUAAUUCAACAGUUUAUGGUCCCCACGAGCUUUUGAUAAGUCUUUGUGGUAAUUAGGGAGUAAUUCAUUGAUGUGUACGUGAAUUGCAACGUUUUAUAAGUAUUCACGGGGAAGUGAAACUAUUCAAUCGUCAGAGAGAUUUUUCUGCGGUCAAAAGGACUUUUCUCAAGUUUUCGGGAAGUUGAAAUAAGAAAACACAGUUGAUAAUUUUAGAUAGUCAAAAAAUGAGAAUUCGAAAGUUUUUUCACUUGGCAAUUUGACCGAUUUAUUCACCUGGUAAAACGACUUUUCAACCCAACGAUUUUGUAUGUGAAUUUUUUUUGUCUUUUCGAGUUGUACAGUAAACAUGAUUAAUCUAGAUGACUUAUUAGAGUAAUUAGAAGUGAGUGGAAGCGAAACUGCACAUGAACGUCAUUCGAUGAUUUUUAAUUCUCUAACGUUCAAUUAACAAAACUGACAAUUUCCAUGCAAUCCUGUGUACUUUUUACAUUGUCAUUACAACGAGACUCACUCCAAGACAUUGAAAAUUAAUAGGAUAAGGAUCAUACAGAUAGAUAAGAUUGUAGCUGGAUCUUUCGAAUUUUGUUAAUUUACUCAUUAUGUGUAUGUAUUUCACUUCAACAAAAUAAUGAAAAUUCAGAGGUGAGGUGAAACCUAACUUAUUUCGAUAAUGCAUGAUUUUAGCAGUACAUGUCAAGAAAUAUUUUUGAGUGGAAUCAUCUCAGCUACACAAGUCUUCUACUAUUUUCUGCUAAUGCCUCUCGUUUUCAAACUAAAGCUGAAAUUACAAAAUAAUAAUAAUAAUAAUAAUUUUCUUACGAGAACAAAAAUCGGAAAUCGUAAAUAAUAAUUAUUUGUAAAACUUUGUAAUGAAUGACACUCACCUGAACAUUUUGAACUCCGUGUCUGGUAUUGGUCUGAUAGAUAAUGAAAAUUUGUUCGAAUGAGUAUGAAUGUUGAAUUGAAGAAUUAAUGUUUGAAUAAAAAAUCUGAA